AUGCAGUGUUAUUUUCCGGAAAAACUUGUACUCUCGGGAAAUUUGGCCGAGAAAUGGAGGGCUUUCAAGCAAGGGCUUGAAAUAUAUUUACUAGCUGCGGACUUGGAAAAAAUACCAGACGCAAGAAAGGUAGCUAUAUUGUUGAAUUUAGUGGGAGAAGAAGGUAUAAAAAUUUAUAACAAUUUCAACUUGAAAAAUGAAGAGAAAACUUAUGUUAGAAUAUUACAAGAAUUCGAAGCAUAUUGUGAGCCUAAGAAGAAUAAGUUGUAUUGUAGAUUCUUAUUUUAUCAAAGGUGUCAGUCUGAAGGUGAGCCAUUUGAUAAUUUCCUGACGGAUAUAAAUAAAUUAGUGAAAGACUGUGGAUUUCAAUCUGAAGAAGAAGCAAUACGCGAUAGAUUAGUUUUGGGCACGUCAGAUUUAAAAUGUCAAAGGAAAUUGUUGGUAGAAGGAGACAUGGAAUUAGAAGAAGUCAUAAAAAGAUUGAGAAUAUCAGAGAUGGAUAAGAGGCAAGUGGAGGAGAUCCAGAAAAAAGAUAACCAUGUGGAUCAGGUAUUGCAAAAACAUCACAGUGAAAGGACAAUCAACUGUAAAUGGUGUGGUCAAAUACAUGUGGCAAAAAUGGAAAAGUGUCCAGCAAGAGGAAAGGAAUGUUCCAGAUGCAAGAAACUUAACCAUUUUGGAUCUGUUUGUCGUACGAGAUUGAAGCAGAAUGUAAAAGCUGUAGAAAAACAGGAGCCACAAGGCUCUGAAGGAGAGUGCUACUGUGGGUCAGUAUACAAUAGCAAUAAUGAUAAAUGGGUGCAAAAAUUAUUAGUAGAAAAUAACAUAUAUAUUAAGUUCAAACUGGAUACAGGUUCAGAGGUAGAUUUAAUUCCAUACAAUAUAUAUGAAAACCUUUUGAAGAGCAAAAAGAUUUUGUUAAAUAAAUGUAGAAUUACGUUACAUGCUUAUAAUAAAUCUGGUAUUAAAGUGCAUGGGCUUGUAUUGUUAGAAGUCAAAUUAAAUUCUAAAACUUAUUUAAUUGAAUUUAUAGUCACAGAAUCAGGUCUUCAACCGACAUUAGGAAGAUAUAGAUGUGAAUUGAUUGGUCUAGUGCUAAGAAGGGAUGUAAAUGGAGUUAAGGAUAUUAAAGGAAACACAAACAGAAGUAACAUUAUCAAUGAUUAUAUGGAUGUAUUUACAGGGUCCGGGAGAUUUCCUAAAAGGUAUGGAAUUAAAUUGAAACCAGGAUCUGAAGCUGUAUCUAAACCUCCACAUAGAGUACCUAUAAAAUUAAAAGAGAAGCUAAAAGUAGAGUUAGAUCGCUUAUGUAACCAGGGAAUAAUUAAGAAACAAGAGGAACCCACAGAGUGGAUAAAUAGGAUUGUAAUAGUAGAAAAAGAUGAAGAUUCUAUACGUAUAUGUUUAGAUCCUAAGUCCUUAAAUAAAUGUAUACUAAAAAAAUAUUAUCAGAUUCCUACAAUUAAUGAUUUGAAAACGAAAAUAGGUAAAGCUAAAUAUUUUUCUGUUCUAGAUUUAAAAGAAUCAUUUUGGCAGAUAGGGUUGUCAGAGGAGAGUACAAAGUUGUGUACAUUUUCUACAGUGUUUGGCACUUAUUCUUUUAAUGUCUUACCAUUUGGGUUAGAUGUAUCUGCUGAAAUAUUCCAAGAAAAUUGUGAAAAAUGCUUUAAUGAUAUAGAUAAUCUUUUCAUAUAUAUUGAUGAUUUCUUAGUAUUUGGUAACACUAAAGAGGAACAUGAUGUAGCAUAA